AUGGAAGGUGCCAACCUCAGCGGGGUCUCUGAGUUCCUGCUGCUGGGCCUGUCACAGGAUCCCAGGCAGCAGGAGCUGCUCUUUUCCGUCUUCCUGAGCAUGUACCUACUCACAGGCCUGGGGAACCUGCUCAUCAUCCUGGCCAUUGCCACUGACCCCAGGCUCCACACCCCCAUGUACUUCUUCCUGGCCAACCUGGCCUUUGUAGACAUCUGUUUCACCUCAACCACCAUCCCCAAGAUGCUGGCCAACCACGUGUCGGGACACAAAAGCAUCUCCUACUCUGGUUGUCUCACACAGAUGUUUUUCUUCAUCUGGUUUGCCGGCAUCGACAGCUUCCUGCUGACUGCCAUGGCCUACGACCGCUACGUGGCCAUCUGUCACCCUCUACACUAUACUACGUCCAUCACACCCCGCCUCUGUGGCCUUCUGGUUAUUGCCUCCUGGACCUCAGCCUUUGCAAAUGCCCUGACCCACACAGUCCUGCUGACUCGCCUCUCAUUCUGUACCCACAACCAGAUCCCCCACUUCUUCUGUGACCUCAGCCCACUGCUGAAGCUGGCCUGUUCAAAUACGUCUCUCAACCACAUCAUGGUGUACACCGUGGGCGCACUGCCCAUCAUCACCCCCUUCGUGGGCAUCUUGAUCUCCUACACACGCAUCUUCGCAACAGUGCUGAAGAUCCCAUCUGCGGGAGGGAAGCGGAAGGCGUUCUCCACCUGCGGCUCCCAUCUCUCUGUGGUAUCCCUGUUCUACGGGACACUUAUUGGGGUGUACUUCAGCCCCACAUCCUCCCACACAGCCCAGAAGGACACAGCAGCUGCAGUGAUGUACACUGUGGUCACCCCCAUGCUGAACCCCUUCAUCUAUACCCUGAGAAACAGGGACAUGAAAGAGAACCAAACUCAGAUCCUCUGCAAGGGCAGCAAAUGUUCUUAACCACUGAGCCAUCUCUGCGGCCUCCAAGGUGGAAUCAAUUAUCCAUUCCAGUGUUGUGACCUGAUUUCCUCUCAUUGGCCACAACUCCCGUGGUAGUCCACUGGGGGUUCCAAGUUCCUUCCUUCUUGCUCCUCCACCAAUCCUAAGUCCUGCAUAUCUGUGCCCUUGGCCCUGGCUCUGUCUACCCUGCACACUGCACAGGUGUCAACCUCUGGUCUUCCCAUCACAAUCCUGCAUCCUGCAACUUCAGUCAGUCAUAAGCAACCAUGGCCUAAAACAAUGUCAAGUAGAAAAUUCCAGACUCUAGGCUGUUCACCAAGCUUGACCACCUAUCUUUGAUCCCUGGGACUUGCAUGGUUG